AUCUACUUAAAUUAAACAUGUUAUACUUUGGCAGUGUAGUGUUUUUGUCCUCUGCUGUUGCGCUAGUUUGUAAUACAUCAACAAAAGGGAGGUACAGCUAUGCUAAAGCAGUGCCCAAACUGCACCUCGAGCAGCCCAUUUAUGGCCUAAAACUACUCAGUGCUACUGUACUUUGAGUGGAGAAAUAAAGUGAUGAAUCCUAGCUAUAUUAAUAGAUUUUAAUUGUGUCUAACAUUUAAUAACGAUUUCAGUAAAAUUAAAGGGGGCUAAUAAGUUAGAAGAUUUCUUUAAUAAUCAAUCUUUUCCAAAUAACACUAUCUCUAACUACAGUAAAGUUCAAACCAAGUUUUGGCUACUUGGACAAUAGUUUGGUGAAAUAAUGUAAGGCAUAAAGUAAAUUAGAGGGUUUUGUUAUGUUUUUAUAUCUGUCUAUUUCCCCCUUGAAUUAUCAGUAGACAGAUUUAUACAUUACUUUGCUUUAGACGCAUCUAAUACAUGUGAAUGCCACAGUGCACCUGAUGCAAAUAUGUGUGUAUUUCAACUGCAACAUAUAAGCUGUUAAGAUAGUGCUGCAAUUGGUGGCCCUGGUUUGUAUGAUUAUUAUUUUAAUGGUUAGAGGGCUGUGUGGGCAACUCAGCACUAGGACACUAAAAGGCUCCAUUCAGCCUGGUUUAAUCAAAGUAUCUGCUCGUCUAUUCAAAGCAGCUUGGCACAUAAGUGCACCAACAUAGUGCGCCACAUUUUGGGUAUAUAUAUUCAUGUAUUGGUAUGUGUUAUUUCCUUUAAAUUAAUAGUGAAAAUGAGCUGUUGAGUAAUGUUGUUGCUGAUAGAAAACUGUUGAACUGCGCAGAGUUGAGCUCAGUCGAGUCUGGAACAAGGAGAGGGCAGAAAGCGGAGAUAUUGCUCUGGGUUUUAUUAUGCUUAAUUUGCUCAGUAUUUGUCUAUUAAGCCGAUCGGAUCCAUGGUGAAGAGAAAGAAAACGUCGUCUAUUACAGAUGAGCAUGAUUUUGGCAUGACCACGGGCUCUAGGGAGGGGAUCGGUGUCGAUGAGGGCAGGAAUCCGUCUAAAAAUCCCGAAGGUUGUGACGAGGAGGAGAGCGGAGAGCAGGCGAGCGAAGAGCACAGUACAAAGGGAGACGACGGAGUGGAAAGUCUUAAUCCAUCAGCAACUGCUCUGAACCCCGGUCCAGCUCCCGUGCAUCCCGCUUCUGAGCCGAACCGAACCGGGCACAGCGCGACCCAGCAGCCACAUGCUCCAGCCGAGACCACGCAAACGUGCCCAGACCAACAUCAUUUUCUACGCUCCAGCGUCCGACCUCCAAGCAAACGCAUACGGAAGGAUUCAGUGGGCACGACCAUCAAUGGACAUGGCGGGGCAAAAGCGAAAGGUGCAGAGAAUGGUUCUAGCCAGGUUGCCGUGGGACAGUCAGGGGCUGCGUCCGGCUCCACAGGAGCAUCCAAAGCAUCUAAGGGUCAGGCCUCUGUGGAAAAGGACGAGGGGAACCAGAAGCGUGCUCGGCGUCAGUGGGAAUCCUGGAGUGCAGAGGACAAGAACAGCUUCUUUGAGGGACUCUAUGAGUAUGGGAAAGACUUUGAGGCUAUCCAAAACAAUAUUGCAAUGAAAUACAAGAAGCGAGGCAAACCAGCCAACAUGGUUAAGAACAAGGAACAAGUUCGACACUUCUACUACCGCACCUGGCACAAGAUCUCCAAACACAUUGAUUUUGCCAAUGUGUAUUCCCGUGCGCUGAAAAAAUCCUCUCAAGAACUCUAUGGUCUCAUCUGUUAUGCAGAGCUCCGCAAGAAAGUUGGUGGAAUGAUGGAUGAUAAGAAUGUGGCAAAGCUCAAUGAACUCAUUCAGCAAGGGGCCACAACCGUACGCUCCAAGGGGAGGAACUUGAGGAUAAAGGCGCCAAUGUGUAGAGCCCUAAAGAAACUUUGUGACCCAGAAGGUGUGAGUGAUGAAGAGGACCAGAAGCCGGUGCGCCUCCCCCUGAAGAUGGCAGUAGAGCUACAGCCCCGCACCUCCUACUCCUGGGCCCGAGUGCAGAGCUUGGCCCACAACCCUCGCCUUAGAAUGGUGGUGGAAUUACACCGAAAAGUCUCCAGCCUCAUUGAGUAUUUGAAGCAAAAGUGGGCGUACCAGGACCAAUGGAUUCUUAAGAGUCUUAUGGAACGAGAAGCUCUGGAAGGAGGCCAGUCCUCUGUGGCUUCCAGGUCUCAGCAGGAUGAGCUGGUCCUGUACCCUGCAGAGAGCAGUUCCUUGACCACGCUGCCUGGAGUAGCACGUGUUGUGCACUCCAAAGCCUUCUGCACCGUACACUGGCUGGAAAGUGGCAAGAAUCGUCCCAAUAACAAAGAAAUUCCUGCUGCUCAGAUACUGGGCAUUCACAGCUCCUCAUCGCGCCCUGCUUCAAAAUCUGGAAAAGGUGCUACCCUCGCUGGAAGUGUGGCCUCAGGCACUUCCCAAGGAGAAACCAAAAGGAUUGAAUCACACAAUUCAGAGCCAUCAUCAGAUCCUGUAAAGCUAGAGGAGAAGAAACCCCAAAAACCCCAGCUUGUACCACCUUUUCAUCUCCACGAGGAGGGCCACAGACAGUCUGAGGGGGACAAGGAGAAAGCCACCAGCAUGGACACAAAUGGUAGCAUAGUGGACACUAGUAUAAUGGACAAAUUAAGUAAUAGCACUCCCAGUUCAGAGCAGUGCAGAGAGGAACAAGGCAACAUGGUGUCUUCUCCUGAAACCAGCCGGACUCCUCCAGCCAAGCCCCUGUUACCUGAGGUGGGAGGACCUAAAGAGCGGACAGUGGAGCAGAUCCGAGAGGAGGGCUGGAGCUCCAGAGACCCAGACAGCGUCACUCUGGCUGAGCUAUACCUCAUGUUUGGAAAGCCCGGAAAGCUUCAGCUGGAAUAUGACUGGCAACCCAUUCCAGCUCCUCUUCACAGCUCAGGGAAUGGACAAGAAGCGGUAAAGCACACGAGGAUGAACAGUGUGCUGCGUUGUCUGUUGAAGCUGGUGUCAUCCGAGGCCAAUCCUAAACCUCUGGCUCCAGAGAUGUGCUCCACUGCAACAUCACCGCUGAAGACCACACCGGAAGAACACCAAGCUGUCACUCCCCCAGGAAAAAACACCAUAGCGGGCAUACGUAGCCCUAGUUUUAGCCGACAGCAGAGUGUCCGAGGGGGGCGGCUUCUGCACGCUAACGCAGGUGGCCGCAGCCUGUCACGCUCGCUGCUGGGGUCCGACUCUGAAGGGGGGGUGUUUGCAGUGCCAACUACACUUCCUCCAAACAGCAGCCGCCACAAUAGAAUGUUUUCACCCAACAAGGAGGCGGAGCUAGCCCUAAAGCAGCAGCUGGACUCCAUUAGUAUGCAGUCAGAUCUCUUCUUUUCAAGGCAGAGAAAACCUCGAAACAGGCAGCUUCGUAAACCGCUUGUGGUGCAGAGAACGCUUCUGCCCCGGACGACAGGAGACACCUCACAACAUGUCUGCUCUUUUUCAAUCCUUUCAAACUCCUCUGCCACAGGAACUGGUUCAUUCCGCCCAAUCCAGACGCGCCUUACUACUGCACCAAGGCCCUCUGUAUCUAAAUUCCCUGCAGCCACCAGCUCUUCAACAAAUGCAACACUUUCUAGUGCUAUUGACUUGGCAGCCAAAUCCGCCGGCAUCAUUCCUGGCAGCUCUUGUCCAGACUUAAGUUCUGCCCCUGUUGAAACCAGCCCUCUCCUGAGCACUGCCCCUCUCAUAGACGCUCAACCCGAGUCACUGCUUCUUCAGGACCACGCUCCAGAGAACGGACUGCCUCCUCCUUCUCCUCCUGGAGCUGGGGGUGGGGACUCACUCUUGUCCCCGCCCAGCGUUGCCUCUCUCCUGGACAUCUCUCUCCCCGGUCCCCCUGAGGAAGCUCUGGCCACUGGAGAACCUCAAACGCACAUCAGUGACUCCAUCAUUGAGCUCGCCAUCAACUCUGCUCACUUUGGGGAAGAGGCAACACUGUCCAAACUGACCAGCAGUGAUGGGUCCAAGCUGCUGGCGCCCUCUCCCUCCGUCAGCCCAUCCCGCACCUGGAUGCCCUCCCCCAGCCAUGACCCUCAGUGGUAUCCCAGUGACUCGUCGGACUCCACGCUGGGAUGUCUACUUUCCAGUAUGGUCUCUCCUGAUAAGGGAAGGAGAACCACCCUCACCCCAUCCGGCCCCUCCAGCGGCACGGCUCUACUCGGCCCCAGCCUCCUGGACUGCAACUCCCACGAUUCUUUUCAAUCUCGCGGCCUUCCUGAUGUAGCAGAAGUGGACACUCAGCUGGAAUGUAUGAUGAGCGAGAGCAGUGUCGACUACAUCGCCCGAUUCAACGACCUGGCCCAAGAACUGGCUGUGACCGAGCCCCCCACUCCUCCCCCAUGAGGAGACCAUGACCAUGAACUGAAAAUCCCAUCAUUCUCUGUGUGCUGCUUCGACUGUAGCACGCAUCUUAUUUGAAGGAACUUUACCCCCUUUAGAGCCACCCCUGUCCCGUCUGUAAGUGCAAUAAGAGGACAUAGUCGUGUUUAAGUGCGUUAGAUUCACUGAACUGCUAUUUAUGGUGCAGAAAUCUUUUUAAUGAUAAAAUUACAAACCUCAUGUACAGGAACAAGAAUACUAUGCCAUAUCAGAACAUUUGUAUUGUUUAUUCAUUUUUCACUCUGAAGUUUUAGUAGGUGGAACAGGUCGCCAAAAUGUGCAGUUCCAAUGGUCAUACAGGUUUGGUUUAAAGGUGGACUGUGUAACUUUUUGGUGGAUGCUUGUCUCCAUGGCAGUAUUACCGUAAUUUCUGGACUAUAAGGCGCUACUUUUUUCUCACAUGUUGAACCCUGUGGCUAAUAAAACGAUGAGGGGAAUAUAUGGACGGAUUAUUUGUUUGGCACAUUGUCCAUUCAUAUAUACGGUGUCUGAUUUGGCAACACAGUGGAUACACGCAGUGCAGAAAACACAUAGAUCUAGGGUUCACAUGAAGUUGCUACAUUAGCGAUAUUGUCAGUGCACUCAAAUAGUUUAUCGCCGUGUGAUAAAAUAAGUUAUGAUGUUAAAUUAACAUUAGUGAGGGGGAUACGUCUUACCCGUGUGCGGAAAUGACAAGAAGAAACAUCUCAAACUUUCAAUAGCCAGACAUCCACUCAUACCUGAUUGAUAGAACUAGCCCCGCCCCCAAGAGAGUCUGAAAUCUGCUGAAAUCCUUGAAGACACUGACAUGAUACAGACAGGACAGAGGCUCUUUCUGCAGGAGACAUGCAGAGCGUGUGGAGAGAUGGUGGUGAUGUGCCGAGGAAGAUGCUCGUUUGAUUGUGUUUUGAGGAGUUAUUUUGUGCUUCAUACACACGGCCUCCUCACGGAAAACACACAAAGAAAUGCAGAUGACGCAGCUUUUAAGUUAAAGGCGACUGAUGUGGCUGUGGAAGAAGAAAACAGAAGCUGCUGCACGUGAGCUCGGCAUCAAUUAGUCAGUGGUGAGAUUUUGGCGACGGCAGUGUGACGAACUGACUCAAAGCAAAAACACAACAAAAGCUUUCAGAGGCAAUAAAAGCAGACGGCCCGAACUUGAAAGCGUUCUUGAAGAUGUGAACACCCGUGGUUUAUAUUCAAAUGCGGCCUAUAUAUGUACAAUUUUAAUAUUUUGUUAAAAUUUUGUUGAUGCGACUUAUAUUCAGGUGUGCUCAAUAGUCCGGAAAAAACAGUAUUGCUUUGACUAGAAGGUUCCACCAUAUCACAUUUAACUCCUAUCUCCACUGAGACAAACGGGUGAUUUUGACAGGCCAAGUUACAGGUCAGAUCUGUGGAGAGACGACCCUGCUCAGAGUAAGAAUGCAACAAACCUGUAACUGAAUGGAUCUGGUUAACGCCAAACUGUGGAACAUUCCAAGCAAAGCAGUACAAUCCAUGAAGACAAGCAAAAAAGUGACACAGUGCUCCUUUUAAACAGAAUUUCUUCAUAAAUAAUCAUUUAGUUUUUUCAAUGUCUUACAAAUUUCAGCUACAUACAAACUUCCCACAGUGCUUCAUCAGAUUUCAGCUACUUAUUUACUACUGAAAUGUAUAAUCAAACACUAAAGCCAUAUCCACACUCCUGGUUUAGGCAGUGGACUCUAAUGAAUCCAUGUGAUGUCAUUCCGUAUUCAAAACAGCCUUAUUUGAAUACACACACUACUGAUUAUAUUUGCAUCAGUAAGUUGUAAUGACUGAUUGUGCAGAGGUCGUCUCACGCCAUACAUUGGAUUUUUAACAAGAGGUCAAAAUUAAGCUCUUAAAAUUCAUUGUGUUUGAGUUUUGAUACACCUGUUAUAUGUAUGUACCAUAAAUAGUUGUCUUUGCAGUUUUUUUUUCCUGAUGGAAGGAUUUUUGUAUAUUUGCAAUUCCAGUGUUCACGGCUUUUUGUAUCAUAAUGUAAAUUGUUAUUGGGCCUAUUUAUUACAUUUCUGGGAAAAAGUGUCUUCUGUCUGAUAAGAUAACUCCUUUAACAAAAGUAACAGUUUGGAUUGUUCUGUUUAUAUAAAAAAAGCUUUUUAUUCUGUGGAUAAAGAUGUUAUAAAAGUGUCUUUGAAACUGUUGUCAA